AUGGGGCGGGUUGUUACCGGGGCGCGUCUCAUGAGCUCCUUCCGGGAACUAUCGGUGGCGCAAGAGCGCUCAACGAUCGAUGUUGAACAUUUGCAGCUGAAUGUUGACGGCUCUCUGUUCUUUGGGAAGGAUAAAUUGCGCCUUCAUAAACUCCACAAGCAUAAAGCAGUAUCACGCUUCGACGGUUUUAUUGCUCUUGCCCCUGAUAAUGAGAUUCUCCUUUCCAAGUCUCACAGGAUACUAUCCUUCCAGUCGCACCCCGAGAUAUCAUCUGAGCUCCCACUUAGGCUGUUAGAGCGAGCAUGA